UUCAGUUUUGUCGAUAUUUGAAACUUUACACUGUUCGGGAUGAUGAAUGUUAAAUCACAGAUUCGACUGACUCUAAUAUUGAUUGCAGCUGUCGCUGUCGCUAAAGGGAGUGGUCAGGACUCUUGCGGUUCUGGAACCUUCUUUAACGGAGGGAACUGUGAGGAUUGCCCCAAGGGUCAGUACCAGCCAGACAGUGGUCAAACGAGUUGUUUUAAUUGUAAAAAAGGAACACACCAACAUUUACCGGGACAGACAAGCUGUAACGAUUGUCCGGUGGGUUGGAUGGCUGGAGCUGAGGGAUUGAAGGCCUGCUCAGAAUGUCCUCCAGGCACGCACUCAAAUAAUACUAAAGCAGUAGAUUGUCCUGGAUGUGAACCUGGUACUUACAACAACUCUACUGGAAAAGAAAGUUGCGACCUUUGUCCACGUGGAAAAUACCAGGACAAUACAGAUGAGGUGGAGUGUAAGAGAUGCCCUGAUGGGCAAUAUAACGACCAGGAAGGUAAAGCAUCCUGUAAACCCUGUUCUUGGACUCUAAGUGCUGACCGUUCUACUUGCUACUGCCCACCAGGUACCUACAAAGACGGAUCAGUUUGUUCGUACUGUCCACCAGGAACCUACCAAAACAGGACUGACGCAGACAGAUGUGUGAGCUGCCCGGCUGGCUAUUACCAGCAGUCUAAUACUUCAGUACAGUGUGAGCCAUGUGGUCAGGGCAGUCACCAGAUGAAAAGUGGGGAGGUCACCUGUUUGGAUUGUGGGCUGGGGUUCUAUCAGAAUCAAACAGGACAAGAAUACUGUUUACGAUGUCCAGGUGGGACAACUACGAAAACUGAGGGGUCAGCCCAGUGUGAAGAUACCGACCCUGGAGAUCAGUGCAAAGCAGGUCACUACUCAACGUCUGGUACCGAGCCUUGUCGGUGUUGUGAGAUUGGGACUUACCUACCAAGUGAGGGAGGGACUGUAUGUUAUCCCUGUCCGGGUACCACCGCUGCUCAGAUUCCAGGUAGUAAGAAAUGCGAGGAGUGCGAUACGCAAAUGUGUGCUUUUCAAGGAAAAUGUCAUAAUUGCUCAACUAUUAAAAAUUGCAUCGAUGAAGGGAUCGGUCUCUGUCAUUCCUGUAACCAUCAAUGCAAGGACGGUUCUUACUUAUUUUCUGUAGCUGGAAUCACAAUCUCGAUGGAGAUUUCGACGAUUUGCGGCGGUGGCUUAUUAUUUCUAAUUUCUUUCUGCAUUUUCUUGGGAUCUUGGAGAUGGAAGAAAAGAAAGAACAAAAUCUCGGCCACUAAACGAAAGCAAAUAUUCGAGAAGAAAUCCAGCCCUUCAAAAUCCCAACUCAUCAUCGACAUCAGAAUCAGACCCCACAAAUUCCAAGAUAUGCCGAUAGACUUGGACUUUUAAACGAAUUUUGUUUAAAAAUGUGGCCGAUUGUCAAACCCACGUACCGAUUUCCAAACCCACAUACCAGUUCACAUGCCGUUAAAACUGCCACCGAAUUAUUAAACGUUCCGAAGUCGUAUAAAGCACCAAAGAAUCGUGCCUUGCUUAUAUGUGCUAACUUCACAUGUUGCUUUCAGACACUUUUGUUGAUUUGCCGGCCUUGUUUCGCUGUUAAACUGAACGAAAAAUGCAAACUCUUGGAUGAAUUAUGGUCACCACUCUCCAGCAAAUUCGAGGAGGAUUUAUUUUGUAUCAUAAACUUGUUCAUGGUUGUGGGAUUUGGUUUAUUCUGCAAAACAGACAAGACCCGGUCUGAAACUCAGAAACUGGGCCCCGUAAAAUAGUAUAAAUUUAUGGCGUUGUAACUUGCAGUAGCGCGCGGCCGCCGCACAGGAGAUUUAGAUUUAUGCCGUUGUUUAUCAGUUGAUAGAAUUAUGAUGAUUUAAAUUACUAACUGUUGACCGAAAGUAAGACAGGUCGUGAGAAUGUAAAACUAACAUCACAUACAAGGUUUAUUUUCGCAAAUAGAUUGAAAUAGAUAAUACUAUAAGCUGUGUAAAAUCCGGAUUGGAGUAUUAUUUAUGAGUCGCAUUGUUGUAAUGUAUUCUGUGUAAAAAUGCUCUUAUUAGGGA